AUGGAGGUACGUGGUCCUCGGAGGAAUCCCAGCUACCUCUCUGAUCUCUAUCAGAACAUGUUACGGGCUGAAGAAGCACCAGCACAACGGCGACAGCAGCCUCCAGAAGUCCAUACAGGUAGCAGCAUGACUCUUUGGAGCAGCGUUCCAGCCAAGGGGGGCCCUCAGCCAAAUAAGCUUCCGAGUAGCACCUCCCCCAGCUGCGACCCGGCGUUGCGGCCCAUCAUACGGCGCCGAGCGAGGUCUUUGCCUACAUCACCCGAAAGAAGGAAGCAUGCAGCAGUGCAGUGCCAAGUUCCUGGAUGCCAGAGUCGUAUGAACCGGGUGAGAUUUGCUGAUGCAUUUGGUUUGGAGCUCACCAAAGUGAAAGUCUUCCAGACUGGGGAGGAUCCAUCAAUCCCCCUGCAUGUCCUUUCCAGGCUCUCCAUAAACUCAGACCUCUGGUACAGCAGCUGGGACUUGGAGUAUACCAUGCAGUGCUUGGUCCCUGACUUCCAGCAACCUGCAGACUGUAUAGAUUUCUCCUCCCGACUUAAGGAGCAGCAGGUGUGCCUUGAACGAGUGACUAGCUCAGAUUUGGGGCUCAAUGGUACCAUCCAGGUUCACAACAUUGCUUUUGAGAAGCGGGUAUCUGUGCGAUACACCUUCAACCAGUGGAAAAGCCUCCAUGAGGUGUGUGCUCAUUGGCAGAGUAGCAUCCCUGAGAAAAAUGGGCAGGAUCAGGUUGAUGUUUUCACCUUCUUUCUCCCUGUGCCGCCUUUCCUCCUUCAGCUGUGCUCUGUAGUCCAGUUUGCAGCAAGGUACCAAGUCAAUGGCCAGGAGUACUGGGAUAACAACAGAGGCAAAAACUACAGUCUGACCUGCCGGGCUCACCCUCUUAAGAUGCCUAGAGAAUGUGAGGAGAGCUGGAUCCACUUCAUCUGA